AUGUCUACCGAAAUCCCAAAGACCCAAAAAGGUGUUAUUUUCUACGAAAACAACGGUCCAUUAGAAUACAAGGACAUCCCAGUCCCAACUCCAUUACCAAAUGAACUUUUGAUCCAUGUCUUAUACUCCGGUGUCUGUCACACUGACUUGCACGCUUGGCACGGUGACUGGCCAUUGCCAGUCAAGUUACCAUUAGUCGGUGGUCACGAAGGUGCCGGUGUUGUUGUCGGUAUGGGUUCCUCCGUUAAGGGCUGGAAGGUCGGUGACUACGCUGGUAUCAAGUGGUUAAACGGCUCUUGUAUGUCCUGUGAAGAAUGUGAAUUGUCCAACGAAUCCAACUGUCCAGAAGCUGACUUAUCCGGUUACACUCACGACGGUAGUUUCCAACAAUACGCCACCGCUGACGCUGUCCAAGCCGCUAAGAUCCCAGCUGGUGCCGACUUAAAGAACAUCGCCCCAAUCUUAUGUGCCGGUGUUACCGUCUACAAGGCCAUCAAGUCCGCCAACUUAAAGGCUGGUGACUGGUUAGCUAUCUCCGGUGCUUGUGGUGGUUUAGGUUCUCUAGCCAUCCAAUACGGUAAGGCUAUGGGUUUCAGAAUCCUAGGUAUCGAUGGUGGUGCCGAAAAGGAAGAAUUAUUCAAGAAGUUAGGUGGUGAAUACUUCAUUGACUUCACCCAAUGUAAGGAUAUUAUUGCUGAAGUUAAGAAGGCCACUAACGGUGGUGCUCACGGUGUCAUCAACGUCUCCGUCUCCGAAGCCGCUAUUGAAGCCUCCACUAACUACGUCAGAUCCAACGGUACCGUCGUCUUAGUCGGUUUACCAGCUGGUGCCGUGUGUAAGUCCAACGUCUUCAACCAAGUCGUUAAGUCCACCAAGAUUGUCGGUUCUUACGUCGGUAACAGAGCUGACACCAGAGAAGCUAUUGACUUCUUCGUCAGAGGUUUAGUUAAGUCCCCAAUCAAGGUUGUCGGUCUAUCUCAGUUAGCUAGUGUUUUCGACGACAUGCAAGCCGGUAAAAUUGUCGGUAGAGUUGUCGUUGACACUUCCUGUUAA